UAGCUUUGUAUGGUUGCCCAAGAAACAAGUAUGUCGGCGUACAUCCUGUGGAUCUAUCAUCUGGAAUUCUAGACUAGUUGUACUCGAUUUCAAAUGCUGAGCAAAUAAAUUCCCCGGAUUUUCAUGAUUUUCUUUAUACCAAAAGAAAUAAUUAUAAUGAUUUAAGUAAAUAUAUUUGAUCUAUAUAGAUAGAUUUGUUAAUCAAAGGACGGAGCUAAAAUAACGGGAAAUGGCAGGAAAGAAAGGGAAAAAGGGAAAGAAAGGAAAGAAGAAGGGAGGAAAGAAAGGGAAGAAGGGAGGAAAGUCCAAAGAGAUUCAAAUGACAGCUCAAGAAGCUAUUCUAGCCUAUCAAGUAAAUGUAGUUGAAAAAAAAUUGGAGGAUGUCUCAUAUGAAAUUCGAGGCUGGGAAGAAAGAAUCAAGAGGAAUCUAGAAAGAAAUGAAAAACUCAAACACGAACAAGAAUUAUUACUGAAACAUCUUUUGAAGACAAAUCGUGAUGCAUCCAACAUCACAGAUGCAGAGAGCAUAAAAACUAGAGAAGAUGUGACCAAAGAGAUGAUGUUGAAAUGGCAGAGACAAAGAGAACGAGAGAAAGAUAUAGAUUUGAUCAAAAAAGAAAUUUUGCUGAAAAACAGUGAGGUAGAAAAAGUUCAAAAGGAAGUUCAUUACUGGAAAACUUUUCGAGACUCAGGUCAACAUAAACUACAGAUGCAAAUAAAAUUGCUGGAGCAGGAACUUCAAGAUAUCGACUCCAGUUUUCUUGAUAUGGAAGCACAUUUAAGCCGAGAGAAACAGCUGACUAUUGAAGAGUUGGAAAAAAUGACAGAGGAAGCACUUUUACAACAGCAGGACAAAGCUUCACAGAAAGCUAUGGCUCAGAUGGACAAAUAUGACAGACAGGAAGUUCUUGAUAAUGAUUGGCUGAAAAGAGAGGUGGGUCUACACAGAGCAGAGGUUUCUGGGAUACAACAAGUGGUGGAGCUGUUAGAGAGAGAAAAUCUUGAGUUGAUGAGUGAAUUGUUUGAAUGUUCUGUGGAGGACUUGAAAGUCUCCAGAUCAUUUUAUCUGACACAAAUAGCAGAUUCUGAAAACUUGGAGCAGUCUGGUAUUCUGGAGAUGGACUUGAGUGAAGUGAGUCCUUUGUCUGAAGAGUUUAUUGAAGAGCAAGUCAACAAAUCCGUUUCCACUCGUCCUAAAAGUGCAAUACAGAAAGCUGUAGAGGACAAAGUAUUAUCCAUCCUGGCAAGACAGAGCUCUUCAGAAGAGGAGGAAAAUAAAGAAGAGGAGGACAUGGGUUCGGAUUCAGAGAGUGGAGUGUAUGCCAACUAUUACUUUGAAGAAGAAGAUUUUGAUGAUUAUUUGAAACUUGGUCCUUUGGAACUGAAGUUGUUGAGCAUCACUGGCCAGCCCAAACCCAUUCAUAGAACCAAGACACUCACUGAGGAGGAAAUGGAGGCCAAACAGUUUCGACCAGAUGAGUGGCCAGUGACAACAGCCAUGCUACAUGGUCCUCUGAUGACCAACACAUGAAGACAGAGUCCUUCAGAAUCUCAAUGAAGUAAGCAGUUUGAAGGCUAGAUCUUUAUUUAUUCUGUUACUGCGUUCAUGUUUCCUGUGAGAUCUACAUUUGAUAUAUUCAUCUUUGUGUGUACCUUUUUUAAAUUGACCAUGAUGACUUAAAUAAUAAUAAUAAUUAUUAUUAUUGACACUCUUAAUCAUAUGUCCUAUGAAAUUUUAAAGUGUGCACCUCUACCUGAUCUACCUGUGAUAUUAGUAAUACAUUUCUUUAUAAGUUAACAUUGGUAUAUGAACCUCAACAGUUUAUUUUUCUGUCAUUUAAACCCUGUUAUCUUAUCUAAUAAAAUACUGACAUUACUUCAAAUAAGAAGAUGAUUACUGUUCAGUUAUUUAGAUUAACUAUGAUAGUACAGAAGUAGUGUUAGCCUUCUACUUCAUAAAGUAUGGGGAACUUCUAUUAUUUAUUUAUUGCAUGUGCAAAUGACAGGGACACAACUGAUAACUUUUUAUUUUGGACUACACAAUGUUUGGUUACUUCCCCUGGAGCUUUUCUAAAUUUUUAAUAAUUCCUGAAACAAGUUCUAUUUCAUUAUAUAUACAUUCAUUAGUAAAGUGUUACAUUUCAAAUUAUUUUUGUGAGCAUGUUAAUGUUUCCAAGCUGCCAAAAUUUGUUCUUUUUUUUUUUUAAAGCCAUCUGUUCACAUAAAUAUAAGCUCAAGUCUAUGAAGUGACUUUUUUUUUUUAAACAUGGUAGAGUAGGCAGUUAUAGAAGAGAUAAGAUUGUUGAGAUUUGUUUAGAAUUUUACUGUAAUAUUACGAUGCUCUUGUCAGGACUCACAAUAUUGAAGACACUACAUUUGAUUAUUAUGUGAUAUUGUUAAUAGCCUUCAUAUUAUAUUAUUGUUAUAAAUGACAAAAAAAUAAUAUCGUAACAAAUGCUCCUUUUUAAAUCCAUAUUUUGUAUUCUUCUUUGCAAUAAACAUAUACUGGUAUA